GAGACUGAAAAUGCUGAGCUCGUGAAGGAGACACUUUCACAGACGAAUACAACUCCAGGGAGUUCUAUAAUUGCGGCAAUUCCAUCUACGAUGGCCAACUUCGGACAACCAAGAAUCCACAAUCCUCAGAUCCCAGGACGUGAAACUACUGUGCCCCCUGCCGUUGGUUUGCCAGCUGCUGCAACCUCCAGAACAUCUGUCAAUGACGCUCCAACUCCUGCAGCGACGUGCACACCUCAAAUCCCUGCACGUGGACCUACUCUACAAGCUGCAGAAAAUCCUCUACCAGAAGCUGCAAACUACAAAGCGUCAGUGGAUGCCACAGCAGUUCACACAGUCACAUCCAAACAGCGAUUGCAAAGGCAUGAAAAGACUCUUCCACCGCCCUUGAUUGCGUUGCCAUCUGCUACAACCGCCAAUGCCGCUCCAGCACAUGGAGUGUCAGGCAGAGGGCAAUUGCAAGAG